AUGAGUCUUGUGGUCGAUCAGAUUCGGCGCAUCGACAGCCAGCUGGACCGGUUGCAGCUGUCAAGCACCAGCGACGGCGGCGCAUUUGCAAUAGCCGCCGAGGACAUCCACGACCCGCACCGCGUAGCGCGAAUAGAACAGUUGCAGCGCCUGAUCAAGAGCUUAUCGACAACGAAUUCGGCAAAGCAUUCACUCGUGCCUGCGGCCAAGAUCCGAUCAAUACUGCAGGAAGCAGAUAUUUCCUCGCAGUGUGCAACGUGCGCGUAUCUGUUCGAGCAGGACGAUUCAGGCAGCUACCACAGGCAAUCGGCCCACGCGCACGAGUCUUCCUACGAGCACGAGCUGGAAUGGCUCCUGCUCAGCAAAGCUACCACCCAGGCCUACGGCUACGUCCUCUCCACCAUCCUUGAACAGACCAUUCCGCUUGAAGACGACAUAUGGUACUGGGACGACAUAAUUUCGACCUAUCGCUUCGCCGGGCUGUACUCGAUUCAGACCUCUCCGAUUCGAAUAUACAAGUGGUCUCGAGAUGUGUAUCGCGACGUAAAGGACAAAGGAGGGAGGCUGGCAGUCGACGGCUGGCGCGACUUCUACACAUUGGUACGGGACACGAUACGAGACAGAAAUGUCAGGGAGAUUCAGCGGAGGGUGGUGAGUCCACUAGGCGUGGCGCGGAAUGAAGGUCGGAAGAAGAGUGCAGCUCUGAAGCGAAUGAGGAUGAAGAAUGCCAACGCUCUGGGUCUUCUGCUGGGAGAGGGUCUGGGCAGCGAAAGCAUACACGACGAAGGCUUGCACUCGCCGAGCCAGUACGGAACCGCGGACAAGCGACAUCGAUGGAAGAGCACCGUAGCAAAAAGCAUCGCACUCAUGGACGCCGUCAUACACAACGUCAACGACGCUGAAUUGCACGUCGAUAAGUUCGACGACUCUGUCGCGGCCACUACCCAGGACGAUCAUUACUACGAGUUACAUGAACCCUCAGGAGAACGCACCGCAACCUCACUGAAGCCCUCUGAUGUAGUCUCAAGGCUGGAUGGUCUACUUAGCCAUGCUCUUCCCGCAUACACCUCGAACUUCCAGGCCACUGUCCGUGAGCAUGGCCGGCCAUCACGUCUCGUUCGCUACUGGCUGCCAGUCUCGAUAGCUCUUGUCUCAUCUACUACCAUCCUACGCAUCGUCAUCAACCGCCAAGAAGAGAUCAUUACCUGGGUCCGCGAAUUGGGCCAAACUGUCAUUGACUUUUGGUCAAACUGGGUUGUUGAGCCUGCUAAGAAAGUCAUCGGCACUAUCCGACACAACGAAGACAGCGAGGUUUCCAUCCUCAGUAAACGUAGCCUGGAAUCCGAUAGAGCCAGCCUCGAGCGGAUGGUUGUAGACUUUGCUGUGCAGAACCCAGAAGGACCCGCCCUCAACGACACGCAGAUUGCUGACAUCCGUGCCAAAGUACGCGAGGGAGACCUUACGCCCGUUCUGAGAGCUUAUGAGCGGGACAUCCAGAGUCCUGUGAAAGGGGCGAUUAUGGGCAACCUGGCCAGUGCAUUGCUGAUACAGGUGCAAAAGACAAAGGUCGACGUAGAAGUGGCUAUGAGCGGAAUCGAUUCGAUCUUGAAGAGCCAGGAGCUACUAUUUGGAUUUAUCGGACUGACCCCAGGUGUGCUCGUGACGGUUGGGGUGUACCGGUGGUUGAGAGGCUUGGUCACUGGCCGCAAGGGCGUCAAGCAGUUUGCGCGACAAGGCCAGCUCCUGCUCAUCCUGAGAAACAUUGACCGGAUUCUCGUCGGCGCCACACCGAACGAGUUUGGAGAGAUCUACUACCGAGACCACGGCCUGCUGCUCUGCGAAGUACAUCUGCUGAGACAAGAAGCCAGCAGAGUGCUUCCACGACGCAUCUUCCACGACUUCCUGCAGGAGAUCGACGAAUUAGUUAACAUCCAGUCUGGGCUGGAGCGGCAGCAGAAGGUGGUUGAGCGGAUACGCGAAGACUCCUUCACGCCAUCCUUCAUCACGACCAUCGGAAUCGACUUCAAGAUCCGGACCAUCGAGCUCGACGGCAAGCGCGUGAAGCUGCAAAUAUGGGACACGGCGGGCCAGGAGCGCUUCCGCACCAUCACCACCGCAUAUUACAGAGGUGCUAUGGGCAUCUUGCUGGUCUAUGACGUGACGGACGAGAGAAGUUUCAACAACAUCCGCACAUGGUUCUCCAACGUCGAGCAGCACGCCACCGAGGGCGUCAACAAGAUCCUCAUUGGCAACAAGUGCGACUGGGAAGAGAAGCGCGCCGUCUCCACGGAGCGCGGCCAGGCGCUCGCAGACGAGCUCGGCAUACCCUUCCUCGAGGUCAGCGCAAAGAGCAACAUCAACGUCGACCAGGCCUUCUACAGCCUCGCCGCAGACAUCAAGAAGCGCCUCAUCGACUCCGCGCGGACAGAACCCAGCGCGAACAAGGUGGAUGUUGGAACUGAUGCCGGCGGCUCGGGUGGCAGCAUGGGCGGCAAGUGCUGCUAA